AUGGAUCUGAUCUCUGGCUGUGAACGGACGAUGACUCCUUUGGGUUUGGACGCCGUCAUGGCAGACUUGGUCUCUAUGUCCCCGAAUGCAACUGCAGCGCAAUCACCAGGUAUCUCCAUGGCGACCAGAACCCUCAUACUGCUUGUGUGUGUGCUGGUGGCCGCCUGGAGUCACACCGACAAGAAAACCGUCCCAGGUCCCUCAUUUUGUCUUGGUUUGGGGCCACUUCUGUCAAACAUAAGAUUCAUCUGGACCGGAAUAGGCACAGCCAGCAACUACUACAACAAGAAGUAUGGAGACAUCGUUAGAGUUUGGAUCAAUGGAGAGGAGACACUCAUACUCAGCAGGGCUUCAGCAGUGCAUCAUGUGCUGAAGAAUGGACAUUAUACUUCACGUUUUGGGAGCAAGCUGGGUCUCAGCUGCAUCGGCAUGAACGAGAGAGGCAUCAUAUUUAACAACAAUGUGGCUCUGUGGAAAAAGAUACGCACCUAUUUCACUAAAGCCCUGACAGGUCCCAAUCUGCAGCAGACCGUGGAGAUUUGCGCCUUGUCCACUAAGGCUCACCUGGACAACCUGGACAGCCUGAGUAAUGUAGACGUCCUGAGUUUGCUGCGCUGCACUGUAGUCGACAUUUCCAACAGACUCUUCCUGGAUGUCCCUAUAAAUGAGAAAGAGCUGUUGCAGAAGAUUUUGCACUAUUUUGACACCUGGUCGACUGUGCUGAUCAAACCGGACAUUUACUUCAAGUUAGGCUGGAUCCACCAGAGGCACAAGGCAGCAGGCCAGGAGCUACAAGAUGCCAUAAAAAGCCUUGUAGCUCAGAAGAGGAGAGAUAUGGAGCAGGCAGAUAAACUGGACAACAUCAACUUCACAGCAGAGCUCAUAUUUGCACAAAACCACGGCGAGCUGACUGCUGAGAACGUGACGCAGUGUGUGCUGGAGAUGGUGAUCGCAGCACCAGAUACUCUGGCCGUCAGCAUCUUCUUUAUGCUGCUGCUGCUCAAACAGAAUCCAGAUGUGGAGCUACAGCUGCUGCAGGAGAUAGACACUGUUGUAGGUGAGAGACAGUUGCAGAACGGAGACCUUCAGAAGCUGCACGUGCUGGAGAGCUUCAUCAACGAGAGCUUGCGGUUCCACCCGGUGGUGGACUUCACCAUGCGUCGAGCCCUGUCUGAUGACAUCAUAGACGGCUACAGGGUACCGAAGGGCACAAACAUCAUCCUGAACACCGGCCACAUGCACCGGACCGAGUUUUUCUUGAAAGCCAAUGAAUUUAAUCUGGGAAACUUUGAAAAAAAUGCCCCUCGGCGUUACUUCCAGCCGUUCGGUUCAGGCCCUCGCUCCUGCGUUGGCAAACACAUCGCCAUGGUGAUGAUGAAAUCCAUCUUGGUGCAGUUGCUCUCCCAGUACUCUGUUUGCCCCCAUAAAGGUUUGACCCUGGACUGCCUCCCACAGACCAACAACCUCUCCCAGCAGCCUGCAGCGCAUCAGCAUCUCAUCAUGAGCUUCUUACCCAGACAGAGAGGAAGCUGGCGAGACAAUGACCUUUAA